GGUGACUCGAGUAAACACGAAUUUACGCAGCAAAAUUCCCAUGUCGAAUCCAAAACAGUCAGCUGCUACCACUACUGCAUGCGAGACGGUACCGAAAGAACCAUGGCACACGUCUGGCAUUGUCUCUGUAAGGGGAAUAGUCACUGGGCCCGAGACGCACAGAGACUGAGUACUGAGGCGUUGGUUCAAGUUGCCACAGCAAAUACUAUUCUAACGCUGUUGAAUGUUCUCGACCUCAGGCACUGGUCCAUGAGUCGACGACCCUACUUCAACAAAUCUUCGAUCCCGCCUCAAGUCAACACAGUAGUCAUGGUCGCAGCCAUCACAGCUCCCUUUACAAGCACGAUGAUCUCCAGUUAUUCCAUGGCAUACCCCAAUGACUCUCUACUUCCUCAGAGAAAAGGAACAGUGUUGACGAACUUAGUGACUUUGAACCAACGCUCUUACAAGUUCCUCUUCCUCUCCAUUUCUACCUCGGCCACAUCCUGUGCGGGAACGCCCCAACUCAACUCGGUCUGCUUCCUAUGAGCAUUUCAGUCUCCACACACAGUUGUCUUCUCAUCCAUCCUGUAGCUCAUCAUACUAGUUCGUUCGGUUGAGGCUCUGUUUGCAGAAUUGUGCUUAUUUACAGCGAAAAAAUAUAGAU